AUGCUUUCGGCGGACGUGGCGAAUACUUUCACUCAACAAGAAUUGGACUGGCUUCACAAAUUCACCGUCCAAACCGGCCUUACAAUAAAAGGGAAUCGGGCUGGCUAUGUUAAUGAGUAUAAUGUGUUGAGGUGGUGUCACGCUUAUCCGGAUGAUUUUGAUGUGGCUGUGAAGAAGUUUCAACGUCAUCUGAACAUUAGAAAGCUGUUGUUUUUGGACAUUAUUAAAGAUGAUGAUAUGAGUAUUGUGGAUUGUGUUAUCGAUGAGUUGGCUGAGCAUUAUGCGCCUAUGCAUUACAUUGGCAAUGUAGGUUUAGAUGGCUGUAAAUUGGGAAAGAAGAGGAUGAUUUGAAUAAAACUUUGUGAGCAGCUUUCUUAUAUUAUUUUUUGCAAGUAUGCAAAGUUUCAGAAAAAUUGAAAAAAAAAUUUAUCUUGGUCCCCCCUGUUGAUCUAAAAUUUAUCUUUGAAAAUAUUUUUUUUAAUUUUUCAGCUUUCAAUAACCUCUGCAGAGCUCUGUAGCAUUUUCUGUAAACUUUUUUUUUUUAUUUUAGGUUUAAAAAUCUAAAAACAAUAUAAAAAAUCUAAUUUCAGGCCGGUGCGGACGACCUGCGGCCGGUGUUUCUCGAACAAAACGGUCAAUUUGACAUUCAAUCAAUGAUGGCACAAAUCAGAAUUUCAGCCUUUAUGAUGAGUAGGUUCAGGCUGAUGGAGAGGAUUCUACACAGAGUACGAGAUGCUGAAGAAAGAACUGGUGAACUCAGUAGUGCUAUAUUGUUAUGGGACUUGAAGGGGCUGGUUUUUCAUACCAAUUUGAUACAGUUUUUGACUGGUAAGUUGGGGACGAAAAAUUUAGAAAAAUGUUACUUUAAGGUACAAUUUUCAAAUUUUUGUAAAAUUUUUAUUUUUUAAAAAUUUCACAUUUUUGCAAAAUAUUAUGGGCCAACACUUAAAAAUAUGAAAUUUCACAUCUCUUCAGGUCCUUUUCGUAUCAUGUGGGGCACAUUAAUGGAGCAAUACCCAUAUAUGUUCAGCAAGUUCAUUUUAAUUAAUGCUCCCAGCUUCAUGAAUGUCAUAUACAACGCGUGCUCAGGGUUCAUUCCGGCUGAAUAUAGAGUAAGACAACAGUUUUUGGAUCAUUAGUAUCAAUUUUAAGAUGAAACUUUAAAAAUUUUUUUUAAAAAUGAGAUUUCCGUGGGAUGGCUGACUGCACCGUGCAAUUUUAAAACUUUUUUAAAUUCCCAUAUUACCUCAAAUUUUUUGAAAUUUUGGAUGUUAUUUCACAAAUAUUGUUUUAUAAAACUAAUCAAAUUUUAUUUUUUGUUAUUUGAAAAUGACGCUAUACUAAUUUAAAACUUGACUGCACAGUGCAGUCGCCAAAUUUAAGAAAACUGCACCGUGCAACAUCCAAAUUUAAUAAAACUGCACGGUGCAACACUUAAAUUUCAAAAAAAUUAUUUCAAGUCGUAGGUCGGCCCUUUUCUCUUAGAAAUCAAUGAAAUUGGUGUUGCCUAGGGGUGUUAAGGCGAGUCUCCCUUAGCUUGUAGAGACAGCAUGGCUAUCAUAAAUUAAUUUGAACAUGGUGGGUAACAAUUUUGAGCAUGGUGGCUAACAGACUGAGGAAGAGUGAGAUUCGAUAUAAAGUCAAUAACGUAUAAGUCGUGUCAUAACAUGUAUUAAUGUACCGCACCGAUGAAAUCAUUAAUGAAAAAUUUAUUUAUCGAAAGUUAAAACGUUAAUGAAAAACAAAUAAGAGGCAAACAAAACAACACCCACAACAUACGACCUUAACGUUGACGGUUAGUGGGCAGGCGCUUCACCUGCCUAAAAUUGGGUGCUUCCAGAUUGAAGGAGAAUCUCCAAUCAAAAAAUUCAUGAGCCGGGUGAUGGCCACAUUGAGUCGACUGUCGUUUUUUAAGAAACCAUCAAGUUCUGGCCGUACUGUGAGUAUGAUCGCCAGAUCGUACUCGCGGCCCUGUAAACUAUCUAUACUUACGAUUGAUACUUUCAUCAUUGGGUUGGCCGCCAACCGGGUCUAAAGACGGUGAAGCAGAUUGAUUUUGGCAGCGGCAUAGGCAGUGAUGUAUGCGACCGCGAACGUCCCAGAAACCACCUCCGGGAUUGUCAAUAACUCCUCACCGAAGAAGUCGAGGGCGACUCUGAUUUGGCCCAAAUUUGUCUUGCUUGGCCUGACCGUCGUUGCAGUCUACGAGCAAUGCAAAAUGUUUAAUGGUUGCUUCGUGUGCAAGGCCUCUUCCAGGCGCGCCGGGAACACUCGAGGUCCCACGUGUUGUAGCUGACCGUGGUAUACAGUCUGGCUGAUAAUAUCAGCCAGCUCCGCGGUGAACCGAUACGUGAAUCUCAGCGGAAGUUGACUGACUCUCGUGUUACGUAGGAAAUUCGUCAAUAUCGGCAUUUGCCCAAACUGUUGAAGUAGCUGCAGUUCGCCGUCCGACGACGGAGUCAGUUGACACGGGUCUCCUACAACCAACAUCCUACUAAUGCUUAAUGAACUCGUCGCCAAGGCGGUGGAGGUGAAAUACCUCCCUCGUCUACAAGAAGUAGCUGCACUGGUAACUGAUGCUUUGCCAGUACGGGAAUGAUCAGUGACGUAGUAGCCAAGACAUUGGUAGAGUCGGUCCCGAUAAGUCCGAGGGUCAGCAUUCGGAUCAACCGCCUACGAGCAAACUUGUGGAUGCAUACUUGCUUGUUUUAGCCAACGACCCGGCUUUCCUUCCAGAGGCUGUACUUCGUCCGCUGUGGGUAGAACGUUGAUGGCCGAAUGAGUGAAGAACCGUUCGAUGACGCCAUUUGCCGCAUUAAGUGCCAAGUCGACCUCCGAACGUCACCACAGUACCCUGGCUGGUAGAACAGAGCGUUUCGAAAGCGCUUCUCCACCGCAGAAUUGGAUUUUGCGAUUGCUACCGAUAAGGUAGCGACGCCGGACGCAUACAUCUCUUCCAGAAUUACGCCCAUCAAAAACGUCUUGCCAGAUCCCGCGGGGGCUUUGGCUACCAGUGUAGUCUGGUCAAGUGUCAACGCUUCAGCAAAGGCCUUAUGGGAGCUGCUAGAAGGCCCAGUCCAACUCCCAAAACCUAUCCUAAAACUUGUCCCUAAAAACCUCAACCUUCUUCCCUCUAGACUCUGAAUCUGACCUCCGAAAAACGCUUGGGUCCUCGUACCCUUUCUUCACGCCCUGAUCGUCAUCACUGAUGCGCACCUAAAAUAAGAGCGUAUCUUCUUCCCCGAAGACCUUCGUGGUGUCUGGCCACGAAUACCCCUUCCACUUAAACAGCCCCUCGUCAGGCGCUAGGUCGACCUCGAGUGAUCGGCACCGGCGCUUUAAAUAGGCCGUUAUUGUAACGGACUGUGGCCAGCCCACAACCUGCCCGAUUUGGCCGCCUUCUUCUCACCGAAGCUCUCUGCCUUCGUCUUAUCGAAGAGGGCGCAGACGACUGCAGAAGGCGGUCAAAUCCCAAGGCCCCGUAGUUUACUGUACGACAAUUAAAAACCUUUUAAAACCUCACUUUCAGAAGAAAAUCCACGUUCUAAACACCUCCCCUGAUGACUAUAGUGAACUGCACAAACAUAUAGCAAUAAGUCAUUUGCCAAAAGAAUACCAAGGUCAUGUUGAUGUUCUACUACCAUCUCCUAAAAAAUGUGAAGUCGCUCCGAUUCCGCACCCUGAGGUUUUGUUGAGUGAAGUCAGCAUUCCGGCUGGUGAGUUAGGCUUAAAUUUAGUUAAAAUUUAGAUUAACAUAAUUUUAUUUAAUCGACUGAAGCGGUUUUAAGCCUAAAAAUUUUAAAAAAGUUUAAAAUUUUUAAAUUUAGCGCUAUUUUGGCAUUGUGUUGCAAGUUAUCUUUUAUGUAAAAAAACUUAAUUUUUAAAUCCUCAAGGCUUCGUUAAAUCAAAGCUUUAAAUUUGUAGCCUUUUAUUAGUAAAAAAGGUCUAAAAUGCCGAAAAUGGCGCUAAAAUCAUAAUUUUGAAUUUGAAAAUUAAUUUUUAAGCCUAUCAAAACCAACUUCAAACAAAAUAACUUUUAGGAGGGGUAAAAAUAGAAACCUUCUAUCUAACCCAAGCCCAACAAUUGGAAUUCUUCAUGAAACACACCAAGGAGUUCACCAUGAACAUCUUCUUCCACCCUAGUAAAAAGUCGAUUUCUGAUCAUAAAUCAGAAGUCGAUGAGAUGCUAGAAGUGUUUGCCGGCUGUGAACGACCACCUUUGGCUGCUCUCGACUCAUGGCCAUGGAAAAUACCCUAUACUGGGUUUUAUCACAUUAUCUAUGGGAAUGAAAAGGCCUGGUUCAUGAGUGUUUCUUUGGAAUAUCAAAUCUUUGAGGUUCAUCAGAAUGGCAAUAAGGUUAAAGUUAACCCAAUUAAGGCAUGA